UUGUCUACAGAUAAGCAAUGAACAUAAUGUUGGCAUGCUUCCUAUGUCUUUCGUUCCUCCUGUCAUCUUCUCUUGCCAUUCGGACUUUAAAGGACGGACCCAAGAUUGAUAAAGAUGGGAGGCAGUACAAGUCGCCCGCCGUCAUCGUUGAGAUUGACGACACAAGCGAAAUCCUACGCGGGCUCACGCCUCUCGUGCAAGUGACGUGCACGCCGAAGUCCAUGAUCAUACAGGUGAAGGCUGACAUGCACGGGACGAGACAUUUUGUGUCUCCUGGGGAGAUUUUCCUGGGGGGUGCUGAGUAUUCAGGCCUCAGACAGUGCCAGGCCCUCCCUGUUGGUGAGUCUGAGCAGGUCAUCAAGGCUGGACUCCAACACUGCGGCACCGAGCUAUCAAUAUCAGACGACUCUGUGAUCUACUCAAACCGGCUGACCUUCUUGCCUGCUCCCCGUCAUCAUGGCAUCACAAGGAAGACCAAAACUGUUGUUCCUGUUUCCUGUCACUACAAAAGGACACACAUUGUGAGCAGUCAGCCUCAGAUUCCCGCCAUGCCUGCCAAGACUCCAUCAGAGACCUCGACCUUCUCGCUGAGGCUCAUGUCCGAUGACUGGACAAGACUAAGGCUGUCCAAUGUCUUCUAUUUCGGAGACAAGGUCAACGUGGAGGCGUCCUACACCAGUCGUGGUCCAGAAGCAAGACGGUUCUUCAUUGACAGCUGUGUAGCAACUCUGAACCCAGAUCCAACAUCAGUGCCCCGAUACUUCCUCAUUGAAAACAAUGGGUGUCUGACAGACUCAAAACAGCGUGGCUCAAAAGCUCGCUUCCUGGCCCGAACAAGAGCGGAUGUUCUCCAGCUGCAGCUCGACGCUUUCCUGUUUCAGCGUUAUGAAAGGAACACUCUCUUUCUCACGUGCCAGUUGAAAGCCACCUCUGAAAUGUGGAGCCGCAGCCCUGUCAACAAGGCUUGCACUUAUGUGCAUUCAAGAUGGGAAAAUGUGGACGGCAGCGCUGACGUGUGCCGUUGCUGUGACAGCACCUGCAAGAAAAACUCCCAUCGACGUCUGAAGCCAGAUGGUACCACGAUGUGUGAAGUCAUCGUUCUAGGCCCUCUUGUGAUUCUUCCCAACAUGUAGGCGAACAACAAAGUGUUAAAUACAAGGAAUGGUCUUUUUACAUCUAUCUGUUUGGUUUUAUUUUAUCAUGAGGUGAUAGAAUCCAGGACAGCGCGGUGGGGUCUUGGUUUGCACGGCUGGUGUGAAUGUUUGUUUAUGGUCCCUGUGAUUGGCUGGCGACCAUUCCAGGGUGUACCCUGCCUCAACCGCUAGUCAGCUUGCCCAUCAGAUGGGAACAACCGUAGCCUCCAAACUCCAGUAAUGUAGGGUGGCAGUGAACUCGACUCAUUCACAGCAGCAGUUUGGCAAAGAGUGAACAAUUGGGAAAAAUAGGCUUCAACUGUUUAAAGGCAUGUCCAGUUGAAGUUUAGGCAAACUAAACGCAACAGAAUACACGUUGCUUUAGGAAAUUCCACUUAAUGCUAACAAACAAUGCAGAACACCAUAGAUGGGCUAUCCUCACUAACAAAUGGCGCCGGUGUUAUAACGUGACAGAUAUUGGAGUGUGGUUAAUUUCUUUCGCCUGUGCUUCCGAGUCGGAGAUCACCCGGGAGAACUCCGACUUCCGUCUGGCAUGGAAUGAAUGAAGACUUCGAGACACUUGGCGUUUGGGCUAAUUCGAUUUAUUGAACAAGCCUUAGUGUCAUAGCAGCUGCUUACAUUUCCAGAACGGCGAAAAAGGCCCCCAAAACUAAAUCUCAGUUUAUCAAGGUUCUAAUUGUCUGGGCGCUGUAUUAGCCCCCUCCCUGGUUGCAUCCGGAAGGAUGGUGCUCCUCAUAACCAUAUUUGGAAUCUCACUCGCCAGCUGGUGUCUCUUCGUCUGGUCAAUGUUUCUCCCCUGGGUCCUUUGUUGCGAUAAUGAAAAACAGUUCUCUUUGAAGAUCUGGCCCGGUUGUAAACCCCAGACAGGUUUCUGUUAGGGGGGGGCAGGACAACCCCCAUAUACAUGUAACUGGUUAAAGGAUGUCCUUUGAUGUAGAAGUACAAAGAAAAUAUAGUUGGUGUGAAGACAAGUCUCCAACCAUUUGUCCUUCCCAAAGGAACUCUGAUUGUGUUACUAUUAAAAUAUACUACAGGAGCAUAAAUGGUUAAGCACCACAUGUAGACAGACAUAAGAGGAUUACGUUCUUCUCCCUGAAAAACUAGUUCUGCUUACUGAGGAUGACCUUGAAGUACAUUUCAAUCUGUUUGUGAAGGCAGAAAUUGAUGUCAUUGGAUUGUGCAAGCGAACUUCAUAUUGUGACCAGUCAGUCAGUGAAUAUCUGCUGCUGAUUAAAAUUGCAUAAACUACUUUUGAUUAAGUAUUUGAUAUUGGUAGAUGAAUUUUUUUUUAAAUUUUUUUUACAUUGACAGUUUAUUUCUGACUUAUUUUUCUCUUUAUUUGGCAGACAUUUUAAGUUCCUCUGUUGAGUUGGUGUGCGAUUCUACAUUUGUUUGCUACUCAGUCUACAGUAUAUUAUUAUUUUAGACCAGUUUCCCAAGUUCUAUUGAGCAAAGGUAUAUUUUACUUUAGAUAAAUUGCAUGGCACACCACCAAAUGAAAAUGUCACAAAAAAUAUAUAUAUUUUUUUUUUCUUCUUCUUCCCUUCUGGUGGAACGACUGGUUAGCACAUCUGCCUCACAGUUCUGAGGACCGGGGUUCAAAUCCCGGCCCCGCCUGUGUGGAGUUUGCAUGUUCUCUCAGUGUAUGCGUGGGUUUUCUCCGGGCACUCCGGUUUCCUCCCACAUCCCAAAAACAUGCGGGGUAGGUUAAUUGAAGACUCUAAAUUGCCCGCAAGUGUGAAUGUGUGCGCGAAUGGUUGUUUGUCUCUAUGUGCCCUGCGAUUGGCUGGCGACCAGUUCAGGGUAGACCCCACCUCUUGCCCGAUUAUAGCUGGGAUAGCCUCAACAUGCCUGCGACCCUUGUGAGGAUAAAGCGGUACGGAAGAUGGAUUAAAAAUGUGUAUAUAUAUAUAUAUAUAUAUUCAUUCAUUCUAAUUUCGUCUAUUCAUUCUGCCCUAUGAAUGGCUGCAGGUGGAUGCACUGCUUAAUUGCACACACUUCCACUAGAUAGCAGAAUAUACAAAUUGUACUUUCUGCCAUCUAAUAAUUUUGACGAAUUAAG